UUUUGUUGUUGUCAUUUUAUUGCCCGACUGUUUUCAGUUUCUGAUCUCUUACUAAGAUCAGCGCAUUUUUGGUGUCUUACGGAAUCUUAGGAUCCUAGCUUAGUUCAGAGCAGGCUUUAGAAAUUAUUUCACAGCAUCUACGAUAAUAUUAAAUUAACCCAGGCAAAAUGGCAACUCACGAAGCCAAGCCAAAGAUCAUGGCCUGCGAUUUUGAGGUCCGUGGAAAAGUGCCAAAGGAGGCGUUUGAACUGUUCGCCGUAGCCCAGGCAAAACUCUUGGGACUACGUGGCUACAUAACCCGGGUCUCCGAAGAUUUCUACAAGGGCCAGCUGCAGGGUGAGGGCAAGGUAAUUGAGGCCUUUCAAAAGGUCAUCGCUUCGGCAGCCGAAUACGUGUCUGCCGUUAAGGAGUUCAUCAUAAAGAAUAUGAAAACUAUCGAAGAGUAUACCUAUAAGGCGUUUGAGGUUAGAACGUAAAAGGAUUCUCACAGGAUCAGACGUCCUUAAUGUGGUGUUAUUAAAAUCGAACAGUAAAACAAAAGUCUGCAUUGACUA